AUGUAUAGUAUAUCUUAUUGCAGUAUAUGUACUAGGAAUGUAUACUUGAAUUCAGCUGCCAAAAUAAAGUAUUUUGUACCAUUAUAUACCUACAACAAUAGAAUUUUAACCGUAUUGAUCGAUAUCGUGACUGUAUUCAAUUACCUGGAAAGAACUUGUAAAAUAGUAAGACUGCACGUCCCCGAAUCAACUAACCAGGACCUAGAUCGGACGUUCCAGGAACCAAGUGUGGUAAUAGGGAUUAGACUAAAGUUCUUACUUAAUGAUGUUGAUAAUUUUGACCUAGAACAUGUAGAUAUUGAUGAGGAUCCACGGUGGGUGCACGCGGCCCUUAAGUAUGAUUUUACACCCAGGAGCCACGUGGCUCCUAAGUGGGAUCUCAACGGACCUACGUCACGGUGA